GUGAUAGGGGUGAUCCUAACCGCCAUGAUUAUCGGGUUCCUCGUCGCCUUUUGCAUCAAAAAGAAGAAGAGGCCAGGACGAAUCAUCAUGCCGAUGCCGCGUCAGCCUGUCAUGACGUACACAGGGACAUCACGAGGCCCAGGACCUGGCUCCUAUGCCCCACCCACCAGCUACUUCCCAGUGCCCCCUCCCUACAAAUCCCACGACCCCCCACCCCCGUACGGUUAUACAGAUCCUGCGUACCCUCCUGGAUAUAACAAUAACAGCGGUCAGAUAAAUACUCGGACGCUACCCCCAGGAACUAUCCACCCACCGCCGUCCAUGCCACCGGCAUGGCAGGCCCCACCCCCCGGGUCCCCUCCGCCGAAUAACAAUCCAUCGAUGCCACAGCCCGACCCCCCUCAAAUGUUUCAACCCAACCCCCCUCCAACGGCACCGUCAUAUGAAGCUCUGACCCCCCACCGGCCUCCCCUCGCCACAGCACCAGGGGCUACAGGUAGUCACCCACCCCCAGCGCACCUCCCACCCAUAAACAAUCUACCGGCGACGGCGCCACCCAACAAGGAAGGACUGUGAGAGCAGUGAUGGAAAUG